AUGACUCGAGUUCGUAAAAGCCCGGCAAAAGAUGUCGACAAGCAAGCAACUCCCAAAACCGGUGUUCAGAAGAAGACGCCCAUCAAGUCGGCUGUGAAGAGAGACAGGAAGAAAUCACCUAGCCCGCCACCAACAACCAGGUCGUCUCGUUCGCAGUCACAAACUCGCCGUCCAAGCGUCAAGCUUGCAAAGACGAGUACUGAUGAACACAUACGAAGCAGGUCCAGACCUGCGGAGGUCAAGGACCCGUUUCGUCCUCUUGCAGUAGACAUCUCGAGCGAUAAACUGGUAGAAACGCCAGUACCAAAAGCAAAACUGCCACGAAACUUCUGGGUCACGAACAACAAGGAACUUUCGCCUCCAUGGAUAGCAUGCUCGGGCUUCGUACCACCGGCCAUGGUCGAGUUCUUGAUGCGCUGCAAGAAGAAAACAGCCAUUGGAGUGAAGUGGAAGAAGGGCGACCAAAUCACGAACAUGGAAGGUGCUCUGCAUACUUUUGCAAACAGUAUCGAGUUGGCCUGGCUGCACGGUGAGAGAGGCUAUAACGGUGGCCACACCUUUACACCAUACCUUCCAAUCGGCAAAUUCAGAAGUGGUCGACAAGUCCUGGUAAGUAACAUGAUACACCAGGACUUCGAGACGAAUGAGGUGAUGACGGUGUUGUCUUCCUUGAAAAAGAACAAAACGACUCUUGUCGUGAACUUCAAGAUUCCCCUCACCAAGGAGAAGCAGUCCGAUGACAUUCGCAACAAGUACGAUGAUGCCUUGCGCCGACUCAUGGUAUACAGCCUAACCCUGGAUGGAGAGCUUCCAAGCAUCGAAGUGGGAAGCGCCAUCGCCAUGUCGCGUGCCCAAGCCAAGUCUUUCCUCGCCAACAAGGUCUUGAAAGUCGCCAGCAGCAGUGUUCUGGAACAUGUCAGGACCAGGCUGUUUUGGAUGUCAUCCAAGAAGGAUAGCCCGUUACUUUCGCUCGAGAUCCUGGUCACGACUGCAUAUCAUCAAUUCCGGAAUGAGAUGGAUGCUCUCAUUUGCACCCAUCAAGGUUACAUCUUUACCUUCUCGGCACCGAAGAUCUUCAUUGGAGAGUUUGGCAGCCAAGAUGGUCUGAUGGCGUGCAUCUAUGCUGCUGGGCUCAAGCAUUAUCUUCAGACCACGAAGCUCAAGAAGAUGAGAGUGUUUCAAGUGCCUGAUGUGCCGGGAGAAUGGGUUUCGUGGAUGCGAACGGCACUGUCGGCUGCACCAGGGGUGCGUGUAAUGACAAAGCAAGAGUUGUACACCAAGAAGGACCCUUCCGACCCCUACAACCCACCGUAUGCAGGCACUAUGCUUGUGUUGUACAACUGCUCGGAUGGGUUUGGACAAAACAUUCAGUAUGAGAUUGGGGCUGGCAGUCUUGAUGCUAUCAUCGAACGCUUUACGAGUGCAGCAGGAAGCCUACUUAACUACCGCGAGGACCUUGUAAGCAUGGUCUCAAUGCAUGCCGAGUAA